AAAUUAAUGGAAAAUCAAUGUCACCAAUUAAUCAGAAAAAUAUCUGCUCUUCGAUAUUUUGUGUGCUGGAAAGAACAUUGGUCCUCGCUAAGCAGAAUUGCUCACAACGUAUAUUCAGUGCUUGGACACACUCAAAUUUGAGGAUGCGCAAUGUCUGUGUAAAUAGAUAGGUAGCUGAAAAAUGUUAGCCGUAUGUAUUUUCCCAGCCAGGGGAGUCCAUUCGGGCGCACCAUCACCUCCAAAACAGGUAUGCUAUUCAAAUUCAUUAUCCAAUAAUGCAUCAGCUACUUCUUCUUCUUCUCCACAACAAUUUAAGUACAGUAGGGCUUCGCCUUCAGUAAGAUGGCCUCAUUUGAAUAGGGAAGACGACCCAGUAGAUUUAUUCUCAUUGCCUUCCACUCAAAUCCCACCAGAACAAAAUGGUAGAAUAUCCAGAAAGGAACACAAAAACCAUUUAGAAAGAGAGCAGGGGUGCUCUAAAUCUUCAAAUUUGAAAAAUAUCGAAAGCACAAAUGUCAAAAUACGCACAAAUGAAGACACCAAUUUGGAGCAGCAGGAAGGCUCUAUACCUCCAAAUUUGGCCCAUAACCAAGAUAUAAUGGACGAGAAAUCCAUUCUGGAGAGUAAGAGAUUGGCUAAAAGACAAGCGCAAGUUGCAAUCAAGAGGGCCACUGAUUGGCAGAGUCGAGUUCAUCGGCUAUCGAAUGCCAUUUGCAAGCUGCAUUCUGAUCGUCUGGUGGCAGAUGUGCUGGAGAAUUCUAGGAUAGAGCAGCUUUCACCCCUUGAUUAUUGUUAUGUCGUGAAAAGGGUGGGACAGACACAUUGGAAAAGAGCUCUAGAGAUUUAUGAAUGGCUGAACUUUUGGCAUUUGUAUACGCCAAAUCCCCGGAUGUUGGCAACUAUAUUGGGUGUUUUGGGCAGGGCUAAUCAGAUUGUUUUUGCUGAGGAGAUUUUUCAGAGAGCAGAGCCUAAAGUGGGGAAUUGUGUUCAGGUAUACAAUGCAAUGAUGGGGGUCUAUGCUAGACACGGGAGUUGUGAGAGAGUGCAAGAGUUGCUUAACUUGAUGAGGUCCAGGGAUUGUGUGCCAGACCUUGUGACUUUCAAUAUUCUGAUCAAUGCUCGCACCAAGGCGGGCUAUAUGGGAAAUGGUUCUGCAAUUGGCUUGCUUCGAGAAGUGAAAAAUGCAGGGCUGAGACCUGAUAUUAUUACUUAUAAUACACUAAUCAGUUCCUGUGCAGCAGGUGGGAGUGCUUUGGAGGGUGAAGAAGUUUUUAAGGACAUGGAGCAAUCUGGGUGUGAGCCUGAUCUUUGGACUUACAAUGCAAUGAUUUCUGUGUAUGGGCGUUCUGGAAACGAUGAGGAAGCAGGGGAAUUAUUGGAUGCUAUAAAAAGGAGAGGAUUUUGUCCCGAUGCUGUCACCUACAAUGCUCUAUUGUACGCAUUUGCAAGGAACGGGAAGGUGGAAAAGGUUGAUAGUGUCAGGAUGCAAAUGGCUUCCGCUGGAUUCAGGGCAGACGAAAUCACCUACAAUACUAUGAUUCACAUGUAUGGGAAGAAAGGGAUGCAUGAAAAUGCCCUCCUUCUGUAUAAGGAAAUGACAACAUCAGGAUGCCGGCCAGAUGCAGUGACAUUCACCGUUUUGGUUGAUUCUCUGGGGAAAGCUGGCUUCAUAAUGGAGGCAGCCCAGGUUUUCUCUGAAAUGUCAGAAGCUAGGGUGAAACCCACAUUACGUACUUUCAGUGCUUUGAUCUGCGGAUAUGCGAAGGCAGGCAUGCUAGGAGAAGCAGAAGAAACAUAUGAUUGUAUGAUAAAGACUGGAAUUGGGCCAGAUUGUCUGGCCUACUCUGUGAUACUUGGUGUUCUACAAAAAGCCAACAAGAUAGAAAAGGCUUUGACAUUGUGCGAGAAUAUUGUGCAGGAGGGCCUCAAACCAGACCCAAGUUUGUAUGAAUCCAUGCUUCAGAUCUAUAUGAUUGAAGAUGACCAAGAGGGUGUGAAGAAAUUGACUGAAUAUAUGGAGGCUUCUUCUCUUGAUCCUUCGACUGUAUGUAGUAUCCUGGUCAAGGCAAAAUGCAACGAGCAAGCAGCUAAUGUGUUGAAGUCAGCUGUGGUCCAAGGUUACUCUCCAGGUCGUGAAAAUUCGCUUUCCAUUCUCGAUGUAUAUCGUUUGUCAAACAGGUACAAUGAUGCACGCGCCUUUGUAAAUUUCAUCUCUGAUAUUGGAACCAAAUCCAUCACUUCCAUCACUGUCAUACAUGAAGCAUUGAUCAUUAUGCUUGCAGAAGCUGCACAGGUUGAAGCUGCAAGAGAAGAAUUUGAAAAAUUGAGUAUUUAUUGUCCUGUGGUUGGUGCCUCUGUUUAUGAAGCUCUGAUUAUAGCAUAUGAGCAGUCUGAGCUUCUUGCUGAAGCUUCACAACUUUAUUCAGAUUUCAGGUUUUAUGGUCUGCAGGCUACUUUUGAUAUCUGUAGAUCUAUGGCCAUGACUUAUUGUAAGAUGGGGUUUCCUGAGACAGCGGAUAAUUUAGUUGGCUGCACUUUGCAGAGCGGUAUGAUAUUAGAAGAUUAUUCGGUUUAUGCUGCUUUGAUUGAGGCUUACGGAAAACAAAAUAUGUGGCAGAAUGCAGAAGAGAUAUUUGGGCAGCUUCAGUUGUCGAAUUUGCCCAUAAAUGGGAAGGUUUGGAAUGCUCUCAUAUAUGCAUAUGCUCAGAGUGGCCAGCACAAGCAAGCACGGAUUGCAUUUGAUCAAAUGUUAAAAAAUGGCUUGUCACCUACAGUAGACACUGUCAAUGGCCUCAUGCAGGCAUUGAUUAAUGGAGAAAGAUUGGAACACAUGCAAAUCCUGGUUGAGGAAUUACAACAGAUUGGAUUUAGGAUAAGUAAAAGCACCAUCUCUCUGAUGUUUAAUGCAUUUGCCAAAGUUGGGAAUAUUCCCGAGGUAAAAAGGAUUUAUAGUGAUAUGAAAGCUGCAGGUUAUUCUCCUAAUAUGCAACUUUACAGAACAUUUAUCAAAUUGCUCAGCAAGAGGGAGCAAGUCAGAGACGCUGAGUUGAUUGUUGCAGAUAUGGAAGCAGCUGGUUUCAAGCCUGACGUUGGCAUCUACAAUUCAAUGCUACACCUGUACACAUGCACAGGACAUUUUAAGAAGGCAGUUGAAGUUUAUCAACACAUGCAAGCAGCCGGAUGUGAUCUAGACGGUAAUACUUAUAGCAUUUUAAUCUCCAUGUACAGUAGGCAUCUUAGGACUGGAGAAGCUUUUGCUAUUCUGAAAGAAAUGAAGAGGUAUGGUCACAUGCCUACAUUAAAUGCAUUCAAAGAAUUACUUUCUGUUUGUGGUAGACAACAGCUAUGGGAAGAGACUGAAAAACUUUUCGGUGAAAUGCAAAAUUCUUGCAAAUUGGAUAGAGAAGCAUAUCAUGUCAUGAUCAAAGCAUAUAGAUAUGCUGGUGAGCAUAAAAAAGCAGAAAAUCUCCUGGCUGAGAUGAGAAAUUCAGGGAUUGAGCCUACUCUUGCAACGAUGCAUAUGCUUAUGGACUCAUAUGGAAAGGGUGGAGAGCCAGAAAAAGCAGAAAAUGUACUCAAGGAUUUAUAUGACUCUGGAUUGAAUUUGGGUACUGCACAAUAUAAUACUGUUGUGAAUGCUUACCUUAAAAUUGGCGAUCAUGCCAUGGCAAUUGAGAAGUUGAUGAAGAUGAGGGCGGAUGGUUUUGAACCAGACUGUAGGACAUGGACAUGCAUCAUUGGAGCUGCAAGCAUGUGUAAAAGUACCAGUGAAACAUUAUAUCUUCUUAGGACUUUGGGUGAUGUGGGAUUUACACUGCCAAUCAGGCUGCUAACAGAGAAUUCAGACAAAUUGAUAUCGGAAGUUGACAUCCUUCUGGAAGAAAUGAAGGUGCUGGAAGAUGAGGUUGGAUUUGGCUUUGUGAAUGUCAUUGAAGAUCUGCUUUGGGCAUUUGAACAGAGAGCUACCGCUGCAUGGAUUUUUCAAAUGGCAGUUCAAAAGAAGAUUUACCCUCAAGAUGUCCUUAGGGUCGAAAACAAGGACUGGAGGGCUGAUUUUCGGAGGCUUUCUGCUGGUGCAGCAUUGGUUGGACUCACACUGUGGAUGGAUCAUAUGCAGGAUGCGUCUUUGCAGGGUGUACCAGAAUGUUCAAAAUCUGUGGUAUUAGUAACUGGUAGCAGCAUCUACAGUAAUGCCAUUUCUGUGAACAAAACUUUGAAGGCCUUUUUAUGGGAGAUGGGUUCACCUUUUUACCCUUCUAAGCUUCACACUGGUAUCUUUGUUGCAAAAGGUCAUGCUUUGUGUAUGUGGCUUAAGGACUCACCAUUUUGCAUGGAUCUUGAACUGAAGAACUGCCAAUCUUUACCUGAAUAUAAUUCCAUGGACAUUUAUGAAGGCUCAUUAAUGAGGUCUGAGAUGGUUUCUCCAUUUAGACAGAUAAAUGAACAACUGGGAAAAGUGACUCCUAAAAAAUUUUCAAGGCUUGCUCUUAUGCCAGAUGAGAAACGGGAAAAAGCAAUAUCUGCUGAAUUAAAGGGCAGAAAAGAGGUGCUAGAGAAGAGGAAGGGUUCCAUCAGAUUAAAGAGGGGAAGGAAAUUUAAUUUAAAACAAAGAGCCAGAGAGUAAUUCUUGUAUCUGAUAAAAUGCAAAGUAUUUAUGCGUGCUUAACAUAGUCAUCCAAAAACUAUAUUGCAGGAAUGAGGGCCUUGGCCUGUCCAUUUACCUGUAUCUCAUGUCUCAAGGUCACCAUGGAGCUAAACAAUGUAGUUCUGAUGCAUCUAGGAUCUUGAGGUUCAUUAUUUGAAUGCAUUCUUAUGCACACUUAUCAGAUGGUCAAGAAAAGCUUACACGAUUCAGUGUUUACUGUACAUUUACAACUUGGCCGAGGGCCUUACAAGAUAAAUCAUUCAAAUCAUUCAUCAUUAUAGAGCUUAAGUCGUUGGGUGAAACCUUUGGUAUAUUACCUUUUGCCCAGAGUUGGGAAAAAAAGUUGGAUACGAACACAUUAAAAUUUGCAAUAAGUUUCACAUAUAUACCCUAUUCUCUUAUAAAAACAAAUUUUAUGAAGUAUGGAAAUGAAGAUAAUAUAUAUAUAUAUUUCUAUUAGCAAAAUAAAGAGAACUUCUGGGUCUUUUAUCUUCACUUAUUUAGGUGAAUGGUGGCAUCUGUACACAUUGGAGAACAUCUUGUGAAGGAGAUUAUUGCCGAGUGGCUUUCAUAUUGCUGUUAUAUAAUCGAGAUUCCUCUACUCUGACAAUCUAAUAUGGUGGUGUCAUUUCCUAUUCAAGGCACUUCACAAUUAGUCAAUGUGGAGUUAGGAUACAAAGAUAGUGGAGAUUGGCAACAAUGGUAGGUUCUCCAAUGCCUAUGGAUAUAGAGAUGAAUUGCAUUGUCUAUAGACUUUGAUAGGUCCUACAGAUCAACUUGGUUUGAAGGACAUAAAAAAUCGUCACCAUCAUCUUUGAGAGCCAUCUAUUGGUUUUCAGUGUCAAUAGUUAUUUUGUAAAAUACAGUUGACAAAAUAAAAUAGUGCAUUUUGAGUGUA